AUGAUUUUGUCCAAGACGGAAAUCCGACUUCAGGAUCGAGUUGAGGAUCGGUAUUUGGGCGACUGGACACUGCUUGAGCUAGCACUUAUGCUCGAUCACCGGCAAUGCGCGGAUGCCUUGCUGCAGAAUGGAGCAACCGUCGACGUUGAUGCUUGCUCGUUCUCGUGUCGUUUGAAGCUGCUUCAGGAACGUAGCGAGCUUGUCUCGUACGAAAUUCAGUGCCUAAAAAACAACGCUAUUCAAAAUAAAGACCGAGUAGUAAAUAGGCACGGUAGAGUUGAUUGGCUCCAACAGGCUUUUUUCCAAACAUUUUCAAGCCAAUUAAAAAAGAUUACAUUUCAGGAUAACUGGAAACAGUUACAGUAUCUGGAAAAAAGAUUGACGCAAUUGAAAAAAAUGAAAGCAGUUGUGGAACAUACGAUCGUUCCUGGACCACUGACAGAUGUUGAAGCAGUUGUUUCAGGGUCUGAUCAGCUUACUAUUUGGUGGAAAGAUGUCCGACAGCAUAAUAUGGAUUCUGUUGUCAAUUAUAAAGUUGAGUGGAGUUUGUGCGACGAUUUCAGCAGCAUUGAAGGAAGCUCACUUGUAAAUACCAUAUCUAAGAACUAUGCAGUUAUAUCAGGCCUCAAACGUGGUCUGCGGUAUUCAGUGCGCGUUAGCGCAGCUUCCAUCCGUGGCUACGGUCAUCCAGUCCGUGCGGUACCACAACUCUUGCUCAUUUCAAGUAAAUUGCACUUCACUGCACAGCCAUUUCCUGAAUUUAAAUUUGCAGUUUAA